CCACCUCAUGGAAUAACACUACACACACCUCUCUCUCUCCUCUAGACCAAGCACACUGACACUAGCUAUGGACGCCGAACAAGAGCUGAGAGAAUUCCAGAGACAGUAUUUGGAGUUUCUGGAUGAUGAAAGUGAAGAAGGAGUGUAUGUUGACAAAGUGAGGACUUUAAUUAAAGAAAAGAAACAGAGACUAAUAGUUAACAUGAACGACCUCCGGAGACGAAAUAAUAAAAGAGAAUCAAUGUUAUUAAAUGAGGCCCAACCGGAAUUACUUGCAUUUCAGCGGGCCCUGAAAGAGUACAUUCUAUCAGUGGACGCUGCUCACGGGAAACUCUUUGAUGAGUUCUUUGUCGGUUUUGAGGGAAGUUUUGGAUCCAAGCACGUCACACCUCGGUCUCUCACCUCCCGUUACCUUGGCAACCUUGUCUGUCUUGAGGGCAUAGUAACAAAGUGCUCACUAAUACGGCCCAAGGUCGUUAAGAGUGUCCAUUAUUGUCCAGCAACCAAGAAGACUCUUGAGCGCCAUUAUACUGACCUGACCUCCCUCGACCCUUUCCCAUCCAGCAGUGCCUAUCCAACUAAAGACGAAGACGGUAACCCAUUGGAGACUGAGUAUGGAUUGUCAUUAUUUCGUGACCAUCAGUCAAUUACUGUUCAAGAAAUGCCAGAGAAGGCACCAGCUGGUCAGUUGCCACGAUCAGUUGAUAUUAUACUCGAUGGGGAUCUCACUGACUCGUGUAAACCAGGAGAUAGGAUUCAGGUUGUAGGGGCCUACCGGUGCCUCCCUAGUAAGCAGCAGAACUAUACAGCUGGAACCUUCAAGACUCUAAUAAUAGCCAAUAAUGUUAUUGUCCUGAGUAAGGAAGUGGCUCCUACCUUCUCAGCAAGGGAUGUUGCUAAAAUUAAGAGAUUCUGUCGAAAUCCUAAAUAUGAUGUAUUUGAGCUAUUGUCGCAUUCUAUAGCUCCAUCAAUACACGGACACUCUCACAUCAAGAAAGCAAUUCUUUGUGUCCUGUUAGGAGGAGUGGAGAAGAUACUGGAGAAUGGUACCAGACUGAGAGGUGAUAUUAAUGUCCUUAUGUUGGGUGACCCCUCCACAGCUAAGUCCCAGUUAUUGCGCUAUGUUCUUCACACUGCACCAAGAGCUGUUACCACAACUGGGCGUGGCUCUUCAGGGGUGGGGCUUACAGCAGCCGUAACUACUGACCAGGAAACAAAUGAGAGACGGUUAGAAGCAGGUGCUAUGGUCCUGGCUGAUAGAGGUGUGGUCUGUAUUGAUGAGUUUGAUAAGAUGAGUGAUAUGGAUCGUACUGCUAUACAUGAAGUGAUGGAGCAAGGUCGUGUUACCAUAGCGAAGGCCGGUAUUCAUGCUAAACUGAACGCCAGGUGCUCUGUACUGGCUGCUGCUAACCCCAUAUAUGGAAGGUACGACGAGUACAAACCACCAAUGGACAACAUAGCAAUGCAGGACUCUCUCCUCUCUAGGUUUGACCUUCUCUUUAUUGUACUGGAUGAAAUGGAUCCGGAUCAUGAUCGGAAGAUAUCAGAUCAUGUUCUUAGAAUGCACCGCUAUCGGAGCGAGGAGGAGCAAGAUGGAGAGGCUCUGACUUUUGGGGGCGUGGCUGAUUUCCUGGGCACUGGAAACUUUGGAGACGAGAAGGAGUCUGAAGACACGCCCAUUUUUGAUAAACACAACAACCUCCUCCAUGGAGAGUCUAAAUCUAAGAAGUUUGUGUCAAAAGAAUUUAUGAGGAAAUACAUUCACGUAGCCAGAGGAUUAAAACCUGUGCUUACAAGAGAUGCGUGUGAUAUGAUAGCAAUGGAAUACACUAAACUGAGGGCACAGGAAAGUGUUGGGAAUGACAAGGCUAAGACCCAACCUGUCACUGCCCGUACUUUGGAGACGCUCAUUCGUCUGUCAACUGCUCACGCCAAAGCAAGAAUGAGCAAGAGAGUUGAGAAAACUGAUGCAGAGGCAGCCAUUGAUCUUGUUAAUUUUGCUUACUUUAAAAAAGUUGCUCAAAAACCAAAAAAGAAGAAACAAGAUGGAGGAACUGAAGAUGGAAGAACAGCUAAAAAGAGGAAAGCGACUGGUGGUGUUGAAGGUGGUCCACCUGCUAAAAGACAUCAUAAGAAGAGACCAGGGGAGCCUGGAUAUGAUCCUUAUGAUUUUGACAGUGAGAGCGAAGGAGAAGAGGAGGAGGAGGAGAGAGGGCCAGCCCCUACUAGCCCAGCAGAGGGGGGCAUGGAGACUGAACCAGCUCCUCCUACUAGUGAUAUAUCAGUUGAGAGGAUGGCCCAGUUCAGGUCCCUGGUACAUAAAGCCUUUUCUGAUGAGCACUCUCAGUCGGUUACUAUUGAACGCAUUGAGUCUUAUGUUAACACUGCGUUAAGUCAGAGCUUCACUAAUGCUGAAAUCAUGUUAGCUCUUGAUCAGAUGCAAGACGCUAAUCAAGUGAUGGUUUCUGAAGGAAUGGUUUUCCUUAUAUAGGUGCUGCUGACCACACCCACAAAACUUGUACUUUUUACUGCUAUACUUAAGACUAGGCUCCACCAAGUUGUUAAACAUUAUACGUAUUUUUAUACUUUAAAGUG